AUGGAAUUCAGGACAAAUCAAGAUGAAAAUGGCUCCCACUGGGCCGAAGUCAUGUCCGUGGCUGAGCAUAUUAGACGCCGUGCGAUCCAGCAACUGCUAGACCUUUUUGAGAAAUAUAAAGAUAUAGAUGGGUAUCCACCGUUAUGGGGAGACGAGAUCGAGUACCAACUCCUGGCGUAUGAUGAUUCAAAUCAGCGCGCAAAUCUGCUUCUGAAACAGAAGGAGGUGCUCAACACUCUGGAGAGACCACACCGAGAUGUUAAUGUGGCCUGCCAAACUGCAACAGUCUCCAGUGGAGAUCAAACCACCGCACCGGAAUUCCAGCCAGAGUUUGGAAGUUUCAUGGUGGAGGCUACACCGGGAGAGCCAUAUGACAGCAGCAGCAUCAAGAGUUUGUUAAGUGUAGAACCAAACAUGCGAAAACGGAGGCGAAUGAUACAAGCUUGUCUUGGUCCAGGAGAAGCGGUCGUUACCAUGCCAGGCUUUCCACGCCUGGGUGCCCCUGGUCUGUACACGGAACCAGCAUUACCGACUCAUGGACUUUUGCUCCGAUCGCAAUUUCUUCCGGAUGGAUUAAUCAGCACACAUGAACGCUAUGGCACAAUUCAUGAUAACAUUGACGCGCGCCGUGGAGGGCGCCCGUGCAAGGUCAAAAUUCCGAUAUAUAGAGACAAGAACACGCCUUGGCCUUGGAAAGAGUCGCUACAAUUUCCACACCAGAACCAUGCCCAGGAGGACGAUGCAAGGCAGCAUCACGACAGUGCUGCAGAGAACUUUAUAUACGGCGAUAGCAUGGCGUUCGGACCGAGCUUCUGCGGGCUGCAGGUCACGACCCAAGCGAGAAACCUCCGAGAAGCACGCUACCUGCAUGAUCAGUUGUGUCCGCUGGGCCCCGUCAUCAUGGCCUUGUCGGCGGCGUCACCGUUCUUCCGUGGAUUUCUGACGGACACUGACGUCCGAUGGAAUCAGGCAGCUACAGCGGUAGACGAUAGGACGACAAAUGAGCUUCGUUCAAAUACUAUUAAGCCAUUUGGCUCCCAGGCACGGUGGUCAUCAACUGCAAUGUACAUUUCUGAUGACCCACGACUUCGGCCGGUUUAUAAUCCACCAGAAAUCAAAGCCGAUUCGGAAAUCAAGCGAUGUCUGCAGCAAAACAGCAGCAUGGACGCCCUCCUCGCUUCACAUUACGCCAACAUUCUCACCCGCGACCCCAUCGCCCUGACCAAGAACGAACUCCGAUCCUACGAAAGCCUCGAUCUGUUUGAGAUCCUCCAUUCCGCAGUCUGGCCGCACGUGGACUUUAAACUGCCCUCUAAAGACGGUGCGGCGGGAUGGCGUGUCGAAUUUCGUCCUCUAGAAGUACAAUUGACCGAUCUCGAAAACGCGGCUUUUGCAGUGUUUAUGGCCUUACUCGCUCGCACGAUUCAACACUACGACCUCAACUUCUACAUUCCAAUCGAGAAAGUCGCGGAGAACAUGGAGAGAGCGCAUACGCGCAAUGCAGCCCCCGAGCAGAAAUUCUUCUUCCGCCUCCAGGUGGAAGGAACGACCCCAGACGACGAAAAUCCAGAGGCAGAAUAUGCUCUGAUGACCAUGGCGGAGAUCAUAAACGGAUCCCCGAGCUUACAAGACUCGCACGUCCAAUCCUUUCCCGGCCUCCUCCCGCUCGUGCAGUCCUACGUCCUCGAAGUCUUUGGAAACGUCCCCGAUGAGGCGAGACAGCGGAUAGACAAGUAUCUAGACAUCAUCCGGAGAAGGGCCACGGGAGAAAUGCUCACCCCGGCGAGCUGGAUGCGACUAUUCGUGCAGAGGCACCCGGACUAUCGUCAGGACAGCGUGGUUUCGGAGCGUGUCUGCUAUGAUCUGAUGAAAGUUGUCAGAGGUCUGGGAGAGGGUAGCAUUGAUCCUGCACAGCUGUUCUCUGUGGAUGCGCAAGUCGAGGGCAAGGGAUCAUAA